ACACUAAGCGACGUGCGAUGCCAGAAACUGUCAUUUGAUCAAAUCGGUUGACAGUUGAAGCUAGCCAAAAUUGGAAUAAUUUCAAAUAUUUACUGUGCAAGGCAAGGGAUGCAUUUCUUUUUAAAGUUUCAGGUGCAUAACAAGUUUUUCAGCUUUGUGGGUACGAAAUUAAAUAAGAACUAGAGUGCCGCCUUCUGAUCGUGAAGAAGUACAUAUUAUUACUCACAAACAUCACCAGCCCCAGGAACUUGACUUUUGGGACCUCUGACACUCUGGGAGCUCAACCGCACUAAAAUUGAGAACACUAGUAUCCUCGCUUAGACCGGAAUACAAGAGCAGAGUUUAGAGGACCAGAAUCCGCACCAUGGGUAAUUUAAACAGCAAAAGGAUGAGGUUCUUUAUGGCCUUAAAUGCCGUCAUUAUCAUUACCUUCAUAUACGCCUCCUUCUCGAUGAAAGAGAUCGUGCCCAGGAGACAUGUGCAUUCCGUUCGAGGGUUUCCGAUGCACCAUAGAAUCGAGCAAAAUAUUGCAAGCAAAAUCAACAGCAGGAACAGCAGCAAAAAUCAAGGCAGUACCAUUGGAAAUAAUCAGCACACUGGCAGUAGCAAAAAACCGGAAAGGAAAGCAGUUAGUUUACUGCAUAGCAAUAUUGAAGCAUUUCCAUCCAUUUCGGCUGAUUCAAACGAACUUCCAGAGAUCGUGGAUAUCAAGACAAUAAUGGAAAUCCAACCCACUGUAAGCAGCACUACUGGCAGGGGCAGUAGCAGCGAACAAACAUCAAAUGGUUCCUCCGCAUUACCUGUACUGACUCCUGUGCUUACAAUGACACUUUAUGAACCUGGCCACUUAAACGAAGAGAUUGAUAUAAAGAGGAUAUGUAUGCACAGGGGGGUAUUUUUAAGGCUGCUCAUUCUGAUCACCUCAGCACAGUCCCAUUUUAGCGCGAGAAUGUCCAUCAGGCAGACCUGGAUGCACUACGGAAGCAGGCGAGAUGUCGGCAUGGCCUUUGUCCUUGGCCGUACCACCAAUGUGGCCCUGAACGAAUCUCUCAACAAGGAGAACUAUAUUUAUGGCGAUAUGAUUCGUGGAAACUUUAUAGACUCGUACUUCAAUCUCACUCUAAAGACGAUCUCGAUGCUUGAAUGGGCAGAUACACACUGCCCCAGUGCGAAAUUCAUCCUUAAGACAGAUGACGAUAUGUUCAUCAAUGUUCCUAAACUGCUCGGUUUCAUAGACGCUCGGUACAAGAGCGAGCGAGCUAUCUACGGACGAUUGGCCAAGAACUGGAAACCCGUCAGAGCUGGAAGGUCAAAGUAUUAUGUUUCACAUAAAUUAUAUACCGGCUUGCAGUACCCACCGUUUACCACCGGACCCGCCUACCUCCUCACUGGAGACAUUGUCCAUGAGCUAUACGUGGAAUCGCUCAACACGUUUUAUAUGCAUCUAGAAGAUGUCUUCAUCACGGGAAUUGUGGCCAGGACCUUGAAGAUUAAGAGAGUGGAGGCCAACGCAUUUCGUAACAGCCGAAUCGCGCUCAGUCCAUGCAAAAUACGAAACGUGAUCAGCGUACACAUGAUCAAGCCAAGCGAACAAUACCAUCUUUGGAGGGACCUGUUGGAUUCGACUAUUAAGUUUGAACCACAUUCUAUUCUUCAGUGACGAAACA